UAAACUUUAAUUUAAAGCUAUGUUUGUUAAUUGUUUUUAUGAGUUCGAGUUAUUUAAAUACGACAUACUAAUUAUUGAAGUUAAAUGUUCAUGAUGAAUUAAAUAACGUAAGUUAUAAAGACACGACGUGACGUUAAUAUGACUUCUGAGAGUGAUGUUCUAAAAACAAAUGAAUUUCUUCGUCGUCGAAAAUUGAGACUUCAACAGGUUAGAGAACAAUCAAAAGAUAUUGCAAAGAAAAUACGACAACGUGCUAAAGUUGAAAAGUUACGGCAGACGAUAAAUCUUGAUGCAAAGAAAGAAAAAGAAUAUUUUGACUUACAAGAAAAGUUUGUGGGAAGAUUAGAACAAUUGUAUUCACGUAGUGUAGAAAAUAUUGGAUCUAGUCAUAGGAAUGCUGCUGAAGCUUUAGGCCAAGAGAAACAAACUAAUCAAGAUAUUUCAAAACUACGCGGCAAGGAGGCGGUUGCAGAGCUUCGUAAAAGAAAGCAAGAUAAGCUAGAUGAACAGAAGAAAAUUCUUGAUAGAAAGUUGCAGGCUAGGGAAGCAGCAAAUGAACUUUUUAGAGACAAACAUGCCACUGUUGCAAAGACACUAAGCUCCAAAUCAUGUGACAAUAUACAGAAACAAUUAGAGGAACCUAUUGUUACUGAAAUAAAUAACAAUCCAGUGGAAAAGGACAAGGCAGAGAGAGAUACAUCUAAAAAUGAUAUGGCUACACAGUGGGAGGCUGAUGAGUUACUUAAAGAAUGGGGCUCCAGUGUUCCAUCGCUGUCUAUUCCAAAAGAUGAUAGAUACUCUAGAAAACAUUUAGAAACUGAAAAAUCUGAGCAUAAAAGAUUGAAUUUAUUUGCAUUAAGUGAUGAAAUGCCAUCUAGUCUCCGAGGUGGCAAUAGCAAUAUGCCUAUUCAAGCAUGCCAACAACAAUCAUCAGUUACUAUUGUCUCUGAAUAUUUACAAACCAGAAACUUACGUUUGAGAGAAGCAAAGCCCGUCAGCACCAAGAAGUCUGAUGACUUGCAGAGUAUCAAACAAACAAUACUGAGGAGUCGAGCCUCAAAAAUUGAUGGUAAUUUUUCAAAUGUAUGCCACGUUCUUGACAAUCAGCUAAUACCUGUCCCAUCUUGGACAGCAGAAGUUGAUUCUUGUCUUUGUCAUCAUUGCCAUAACAGGAAACCAAUACAACCUGUUACUAAUGUAUUAAUUAACAACACAAAUUCUUUUCAAAGAUCAGCUAGUCCUUUCUCCUCGUGUGCAUUCAAAAAUGAUCAAAGAAAAGAUAAUAAAUAUAUGAAUAAAAAAACAGUUUCAGGUAGGAAUGAUAGUUCAAAAACCAAUUCGGCAUUAAAUAAAAAACCCUCAGUGACAAUGUACAAUCACAGCACAAGAGACACACGAGAAUCAUAUAAUAAUGAAGCAACCAUUGUUCGUGAGAAAAACACGAGUGACGAUGCAUAUUUGAAUGCUCUAAAGGAAACGUCUAUUUUAAAUGAAGUUAAAUCCCAAGAUCUCGAAAAGAAGAGAGAGCUUUUAAGAAAUAAAGUGGCCGUGACAAGGGAAAAUGUGGAUAAAGAAUACAAAGAUACGCUGGCAUUUUUAAAUUCGUUAUCAAAAGAAAAAACCUCGACAAAUAAUACAGCUCGCAUGGGUUAUGACAGGCUUCAAAUACAAAAUGACAAACGGCAGAAGCAUAUGCAAGAUGAAUUUAGAAAGAUUGAAAAGGAUUGCACCAAGAAGACCUGUAAGCACAAAAAUCGAACAAACAUAAGGCAUUCGAGAUCACCUGAUAGCUUUGAUCGGCCAUUUCAAUAUGACUGGAUGCCGGUCCCGGAGAGCGACUUUGCCGUUCACACGCUACCGAAUAAAAAUUGCGUAAAAUUUAACGAUGUCGACACAUACCACGAAUACAGAUCACGACACAAGCACACACCUCCGACUAAACAAAAAACUAAAGACAAAAUGAAUACAUUGGUUAUUGAGGAUACGUCUGAAACCGAUAGUUCCGGACGGACGGAUAAGGAUUUCGAAGGACACUCGGACCAAGAUAGAAUUGUCAUUUAUAAGAUUUUGGAUUCAAAACGCAAAAGGGAUGAUAAAAAAGUGAAAGCGAUCAAUAGGAUUUUUAAAUCUGCCAAGGGGAGUGAUAAAUGUAUGAAGGAUGUUGAAGUUCAGGAUAAUACUAAGAAUACUGAGAGCGCUUUUACGGUUAAACAUGGAGAAGCUUUGGAGAAUCUAAGCGAAGGUAUCUACAAAGUAGGAGAAAAUGGAGCCUACAAUGUUAUGAGUUGUUACACAAGCAAUGUCGAGAUGUGGAAGACGUGCACAGAAAGAAAGUCUUGGUGGGAUAAUAUUGCGUCUACCUAUUUUGAGAAUAAUAGCAAUGUACCGACAGAGCAACAGGGCGAGAGUAAGAAAUCUGUUACUUCGCAAAAUGUUGAAAACCAACAAGUUCCAAGCACCAGUGCUAAGAAUAGUACAUCUUUAAGAUGCGACCACACAUGUCCUGGUUGCAAAUGUCGCCAUCAACCAUUGUCUGCGCCACAAUCCUCUUGUUCCUUUCAAACGGCCCCCAAUGACGCACCCGAAGGGUUCGUUAAACUUAUUGAUGGACAGGAAACUGGAAAGUUCUACAUUGGAGCGUCUGGUUUCUUAAAAGACGACAACUACGAAGUUGUGAUUCAAUUGAAGAAGAAAGAAAUCGAAAAAAAAGGAAUUGAAAAAGAAGAAAAGAUAUCCAAAUCGCAAGAAGCGGAAGAUGUUACUAAAGAUUUGACAAAACCCGACUCUAUUAAUUCUGAAGAAACGAAGACUUUGUCAAAAGAUACCGAAGUACAAUCUUUCGCAGUUAAUGUGAGGGAAAGUGCAGCACAGACAUCAGUCGACCAAGGUGUCGCCGUGGAUGUGACACAAGAGCUGGAACAAGUUAAAUCUAAAAACGUCGAAGACAAAAACGUUAACACAACGUUCCGAGAUUCCUUUGCGAUUCCCGACGAUGUUCCGAAAAGUGAUCCCAUAAGGCCAGCCACGUCCACCUACACCCAGACAUCGUUCAGUUCACCAAAUUCCAGGCCUGUUUUCAUGCAUAUGACGUCAUCCACGUCCACGGCGUACAUGAGUCCCCCCGACUUUAUCGUUCCACAGUUUUUGAGACAUCGCGUACCUGACGUUCAAAAUGAAAGACAUAAACAGUGCUCGCAUUCCUCCAGAGUACGGAGAUGCAAACACGUCAGCGGCACGACCGAUACUCCGCCGAAUACUGCCCGGAAUGAUGAUUUUGUCAAUGAAAAGAUUAGACUCUGCCACAAAAAUCACAAACACAGAAGCGUCUCAACUUUACACAGAGGGUCUUCAAAGUCUGUACAUGGAACGCAUUCGUCGAAAGCUGUGCCUAAAUUGCGAAUCUCUGAUAACAAAAUAAAUCCCGUGGUAAAGAAAUAUGUCAACAAAUUGUUAGCCCUCAAUAAAGAAGGGAAGAAAGCGAUCCAAGUGAUCAACCAAGACUGCAGCUCCGUCAACACGCCGAGCAGUUCUAUCGUCAACGCUCCAUGCAAUAUGGAAAAGGACGCUUCCUUAGAUAACAAAAUCUCCUUAGAACAAAUCAAAAUAAUGCUCGAACAACAGAUAGUUGACGAAUACGCGAAACGCGCGAAUAAAGAUAAUCGACUCUCCGACUCAACACACAACAGAAGUUUGCAAAAGUUGCCAAAAAGGAAACAAGUGCACAAAGUGAAGUCCCUAAACAUAUCGAGGCAUUUAUUUAAAAAUAAACAGAUAAAUGAUUCCCAUUAUCAAUUAAACAUCAAUUCUAAGAAGUCUUCAUCGACGUCUGACCGUUUAACCCAGAAUAACGGCGAAUUAUUGGCCAAAACAAAAAGUAGAAACAAGAGUUCACCAACCAAUCAGAAGCCCUCUAAGAGCGAACCAACGCCUAUUGAAAACAAACAGCCGAAACGACAGACAGCAGACAGCCGAAGACGCCUGACCCCUUGCUCCUCAAAUCACACUAAAAGUGAUGAUUACACUCUUUACCGACAUCGUACAUCGAUUUCCACCGAUUCAGAUAAAAGAGACGUCCAGACCGCUUCUUUUUCACACAUUCCUCCCACGGACUCCACUCACACCAGUGGUAUCGAAAGUGAAAUAAAUUUUAUAAAAUCUGCCGAAAAUAAGCUUCAAAAUAUGGAUAAAAUCGCUGACCUCACCGAGAAAUGUAUGAAUCGGUUAUCUAACCUGGCCAAGGUGCUCGAAGAAGUGAGAAAGAACAAGUCAAUGGUGUACAGCCAUAUUUCUACCUCAGAUACCGCUUCAGACUCGGAGCCUAAACAGAAAAUCCCAGAUGAUCGGCAAGUGUGUCACGUGACCGAGGAAAGAAACGAUAAUCUCGACGAUCUCCGUUAUCAAGAAAACGCACAACGAGAAUAUAUUCCUCUUCUUCAAGACAUACCUAAACCACUGACGCCUUCCACUUUAUCUCUUUCUACAAUCAGCGAAAAGUCUAACGCUGCGUCUUCCACAAGCGAUCAGACAAAGCACAAAGCGAGGCCUCCGCCUGCUCUAUCCAGGAUUAAUCUAAAGACCACGCCGGAUAAUUUCGUGGUACCUCACGAACUGUCCACAGUUAUGGAAGUUGAUUCCCCAAUGAGCGUCAAAUUAAAAAAUCAAUCUUCGCGGCAGAACUUGUAUCGGGAACCGGCUCGAGAGCCAACCGUUAGUGGCAAUCCGGUUUCAGACGAUACGCAAUUGGAACAGAAUAAAAUUAACCAAGCAAAUUCACCUAAAACUCGAUCGAAAACGCCCUCACUCACCUCUGAUGAUACAAAGAUGGAAAUGAUGGAUAUGAAAAUAUUUAAUGAUAUUAUGCUCAAACCUUUUGUCAGUUUGCAAGAGUAUGCAAAACAGUGCAGCGUUCCUAUCGAAGACGCUUCUAAUAUGGAGGAUCUGCCCAAGAAUGAGCAAGGGGGCGGCGAAAUGAGCUCAUUACAUUCCGAUGGCAGCCUUCCUGAUGUAAUUUCAGAGUUAUUGAAGAGAAAACUCAUAAGUGAGCCGUUCAAGUUCGAUACGGCGACGGCGUCACACCUCACCACUAGCGUGUCAUCGGAGUCUUCUCUGUCACUCUUGGCCUUAUCUAAUAUAUACAAAGCGAAAAGAAGAUCGAGCAAGCACGUCGCAAACAAAGAGAAUCUCACGGAGACAUCGGAAACGUUAAGUUUAUCAUCAAAUCCAGAUUUGGAAAAUGCCUUUCAGAAACUCGGUAUGGGCUGGGCUUCUUCUACUUUAAAGAAGACGAAAGAGAGGUUGGCCUUGUCGUCUUCUUCGAACACAUCCAGUUCGAGCUAUAGUCAGUUGAAAUUUAAAAGCUUCAAUAAGGAUCCUCCCGCUUUAGCCACGGAUUCCUCGCUAUCCGACACAAAUAGGUCCAAAAAUGUCAGUGACAGUGCAAAAAAUGCCGUACAACAGACCUCGGUCACCAAUUCAAUGAUUGUCAAAGAGUUUCUCAAGAAUGAACUUGCUAAAAAAAUAACUUUUACAAAUCAAUCGAGUAGAAAUGCUGACGAAUUUGUGUCAUUGUAUGAAACGCAAAUGCCCGAGGAAAUUAGGGAUACACCGGAAAAAACUAGGGAGGCUGAUCAGUCCGUCGCGAGUCAGACGAAUCGAGCGAGGACUUCCACCCCAGUGCAAAUUUUCAAAUCUACCACCUAUCACACGACGUCCAGCUCCAACAAUUCCAACGGAUUAUUCAGCAAUGCCGAAGAACUGUCUUCGGUCAAAGUGACCUCUACCUCCAUACGGAAUCAUUCCACUUCUGAUAGAGAUGAUUUAACCAUUCCAAAUUGCAGCCUCAAAAGGAAAGGCUCUGAUAAUAGCAAAAGCGCGUGACCAUUUUUUGUUUAUACUUAUUUUGUUAUUUAUAUUUUUUUAUACAUUCCUACUUGUCUUAAAAGCUUUGUUAAUGUUUUGUUUUGACUAUAUGUAUAUAACAUUGAGAUAAUGAUUUAAUGAUAUUGAGUAAUAAAUUCAACAUGUACUUAUUUUUAUUUGCAGUCUAAUUCUAGCUGAUCAUAGAUUUCUUAACCAUUAAGUGAAGAUAUACUCAACUUCAAUAGACUACUGUUCAAAAUGCAUUUAAACCGGACUUUCUCAAAAUUAUUUCUGCUUAUACCAGAAACUUAUUUGUCUAAGACUUCUAGAAACAAUUUCGACUUUAGCUAUAUUAUAUGUUAACUUAUUGUA